AAAAGUCAAAAAGUGGCAAAUUGUAAAACCAUAAAUUAACCUGUUACCGUUUCUUCAUUAAUUUUGCGAUAAAAUAGUAAUUUGUGUGAAAACAUUACUGUACAAGAAUAAAUAAGACAUACUUUAUCCGUAAGUUCGAUAUUGUUCAGAAUUUAUCAUGGAAAACAAGUCUGAGGAGCAGUCUACGGCGGAGAAAUCGAUUUUUAAUGCAAUAGCACAAGAAGAUUUGGAUGAGUUUAAGAGUAUUUUAGCUCAUCACAAGGGUAGUGUUGAUUUGUUUGACGAAAAUGGUAUGACGGCACUUCAGCAUGCCGCUUAUAAGGGCAACAAGGAUAUGGUUCAAAUGCUCCUUGAUAGGGGUGCGGACGUGAAUUCUGGAAAACAUGAAUAUAAUUAUACCGCCCUACAUUUUGGCGCAUUGUCGGGCAACUCAGAUGUAUGUAAAUUGUUGUUAAAUGCUGGAGCGAAACCCACUGCAACAAACUCUGUAGGUAGAACUGCAUCUCAAAUGGCUGCUUUUGUGGGGAACCACCAUACAGUGGCUACAAUAAACAAUUUUGUACCUUUAUCUGAAAUCUCAUACUAUUCAAUUCCUAGAGGUCAGCAGACUGAACCCUAUCUCCCACCUGUAUUGGUGGAUCCAUUGCAUAAAUUUGUCCUCGGUGUUAAUAUCCAUCCUGUCCGAUUAGCACUUAAUUUACAAAGUUCUCCCGCUCUCCUAGACAAUGCUGACAAAGCAAGUAAAGUGCUUGAAUUAUUAAGUAAAAAAGAGAUGACUAGAGGAAGUGAUACCAAUGAAGUGAUGGCAUUUAAAUAUCAUUACCUUUCUUAUAUUCUCAAUGAAAUAUUUAACAUUAGAGAUAAGCAAAAACCGAACACCGAAAGUAAGGAGGAAAAAAAACAUGAUCCAAUUGAAAUAUUCUCAAAGAAAUUACUAAAGCCUGGUAAAGAUGGUGUUUCUCUGGAUCUGAUGGAUGCAUUCUUGAAGGACUGUGUAAGAGAGUUUCCAUACAGAGAGUGUACAACAUUCCACCAGAUGGUAACGUCUUUGACCAGUAAAGAUCCCCCUCCGGCUCUAUCAGUGAUAAACUGUACUAUAAACGGUCAACGUGGGUUCGUUGAUGCGAUACCAUACUGCAGCACUUGUGGUGAAGAGAAACCUGCUAAGAAAUGUUCGAAAUGCAAAACUGUGCAAUACUGUGAUAGAGAGUGCCAGCGUCUGCAUUGGUUUGUGCACAAGAAGGCUUGCAACAGAGAAAUUGCACCUGUCACCACGUCUACUAACACUAAACCUGUCAUAGAUGCAUCAGAAUUAACAUCUCAAUUGCAAAACCUGGUCGCUGGAUAGACUUCCAGUUAACAUUUCUUGUGAAAUAUAAGUUUAAUAUAGAAAUUGUAUGCUUUCACGUAAAUUGUCCUACUGUAAUUCAGUAAUUUAUUUACCGUCUACUAUGAUUUUAUAUAUAUGUAUAUCAGAAAUCAUUUGCAUUAUAUAAAUCUAUCAAUCUUAUACUUCAAUAGUCAAGUUUUGUAUAUAAGGAAAAUUUUAUAUGAUAUUUUCAUUGUCUAUGGUUCAUGAUCAUUAAUUUUAUAUCUAUUGUGUACUCAAAUUUGGUCAAAGCCUUUUGUAAAAUUAUACCCCUAUUAUUGAAUUGGUUUAAACAUGUAAAAGAUUUAGUUAGAAAAACAAUUUAAAACUUAUAAAACUUUUAGGUAGAAAAUUUAAUGUUGUGAUUGCUUUCUAUAUAGUUCUGAGUGCUUUUUAAAAUGUGAAUUGUACCAUUAUUACAAGCAAUGUGUCUUUGAUGUUUAUGGCACUUAAAUGAUAUUGAAUAUGUUUUAUUUUUAAAUUGAUUCUUACUUGAGUGUUGCACCUACAGUAUAACAUAUUUUUGGUUAGAACACGAAUGGAACAUGAUUUUAAUUCGUUAAAUACAAGGUGUUAUUGUAUUUCCUUAUAAAAUCUUUGUUAACAAAUCAUACUAAUUUAUAUGUUUCAUAGAUCCUGUGAAUU